AGAGUGGCUACCGAUAUUUGAGUACUCUCUCUUCUCGACGCAUCCUCAGCUCAACUACCUUUGCACGCUUUUGCCGGGAAACGGAAGGAACGAGGAGGCGACCACAAGGGUUCCAGAGCGGCGGCGCGUUGCAGCGAUUUGACUGCGACGACGGCACGACCCCAAGCGUCCUCAGCUAACUAUCUUCGACGCACAGUUGCCGGGAGACGGAAGGGGCGAGGAGGUCUGCGGCAAGGUUCCGGCGAUUCAAAGUGACGGCGCAGCCCUAAGCAAUAGCAUCCUCCACGCAUCCUUCAGCCAACUGGCUUCCCUGGAGAAUAAUGGAGCAGCAAGGAAAUGAUGGUGUGAAUUCCUCCCGGUCCUCACCUUUCUUUCACAAUGAUCAGUGGACUUACACGCUAGUCACUGAGCUUGAUCAUCUACAGCAUGGCCAGAACACACAUUUCCAUAACCCAAGUUCAUCACACAUGAGUAUGCCCCCAUCGUUUCAACAAUUGUUAGAGGUUUACAACCCAUUUCUAGAGCGAGCCGAACAACCAAAUUCACAGGAAACAACUAAAGAAACACAUUCACCACUACCUCAAGUUGGUUCAAAGCAAAAGAAGGUUUCUAGAAGAGGGGGUGGAUUCACUAAAGAAGAGGAUAGAGUAAUUUGUUCUGCGUUUUUGAAUGUCAGCAAAGACCCAAUUACGGGUGUGAACCAGUCUUCUGGAGCUAGAUGAUGCUGUCAAGUUGUUCGAAGAAAAAGAGGCCUUUGUUUUCAUGCAUUGCUGGGAAAUUUUAAGAGACGAACCAAAGUGGAACGAUAGGAUGUUGGAGCUGAACAAUGCAAGCACUCCUUUGUACCAAGGCUGGGCAAGGAACAUCAAGCACAGACGCCAUUCCAAUCCAUGGAGAGUCUAAGACACAGGACGACCAUCUAAAGAGACGAGAAGGCCGUGAUAGUGCAAAAAAGAAGAGGUCUAGAGCAAUGGAUGCCACAUCUGCUUCUAGUAUAGCAGUAGAUGUCCUUCAACGUAUGCAAGAAAACUGGGAGAAGAAUGUGGUGAAGCAAGAUGAACAAUUGCUGGAAAUUUUAACCAGGAAGGAUGAGAAUAUCAAGAUUCAGAGGGAGCUAUUAGACGUCCAAAAAAGAAAUGGAGCUACGUGAGAAACAACAUGUCGACCAUAUUGACUUAACAAAGAAGGACUGAGCUUAGAGAGAGGCAAA